CGGCCGCGGAGGUGGAGGAGUGCGCGCGGGUGACGCGGCCGCCCAGAAAGUUACUCCGAGUUCCAAUGUCGGCAACAUUGUAGCAGGGGCGGGUUCGUGGCCGCUGGCGCCUGGCGACUCGACUUAUUCCCCAGCUCUUACAUGAGGAUUCUUACUCGGAGGGAGCUGCUGAGAGAUGGGAGCCGGCCGGCUUUGGAUCCACUUUUGGGGCGUGCUGGGGAUGACGGCUGUCUGUGCAGCAUUCCAGUGUCGUGACUCCUCUCAGCCGUGUGUGAAUGGGGGGACUUGUGUAACGCACCGAAAUGGAACUGGAGCUUGUGCGUGUCGAUCUGGAUUUGUGGGUGAAUACUGCCAGCACCCAGAUCCCUGUCAGAUUUCAACCUGCCUUAAUGGAGGGACGUGUAGAAUCUCCAUCACUGAAAGCAAAGUACAAGGGUCAUGCAGUUGUGCUUUGGGAUUUACUGGUGAUCGAUGUGAUACAAUAGUCAGCAAUGUCUGUCUGAACAAUCCUUGCCAAAAUCGGGGAACUUGCCGCCUCAUCACCCUUGAGAAGUACGAAUGCAAGUGCCAACGAGGAUGGAUCGGUAAAAACUGCCAACACGUGGACUUCUGUGCUUCACAACCUUGUGCGAAUGGCGGCAAGUGCAGUAGUUCAAGAAACAACUACACCUGUACCUGUCUUUCAGGCUACACAGGAUUUCAGUGCAAGACUGACAUUGAUGAAUGCAAGGCUGGGAAUCUGUGCCUGAAUGGGGGAGUUUGCCAGAACGAGCCAGGCUCCUAUCGCUGCUUUUGCAAGCCAGGUUUCACUGGAGUCAACUGUGAGAGUGUGUAUGUGCCAUGCUCACCGUCACCAUGUGUCAAUGCAGGCACCUGCCGACCAACCAACGAUGAUCUGACCUACGAAUGUAACUGCCUGCCAGGAUUCAGUGGAAAAGACUGUGAGAUAAACAUUGAUGACUGCCCCGACCAUCGAUGUGAGAAUGGAGGUACCUGUGUGGAUGGAGUGAACACCUACAACUGCCGAUGCACACCUGAGUGGACAGGUCAGUUCUGUACAGAGGAUGUAGAUGAGUGUCAACUGCAGCCAAAUGCCUGUCAGAAUGGAGGGACCUGCUCCAAUGCCAGUGGAGGGUAUCGGUGUGUCUGUGUCAACGGCUGGAGUGGUGAUGACUGCAGUGAGAACAUUGACGAUUGUGCUGGUGCUACCUGCAUGAAUGGUGCCACCUGCCAUGACCGAGUUGCAUCCUUCGUAUGUGAAUGCCCUGUUGGCAAAGCUGGUAUCUUCUGUCAGGUGGAUGAUGCGUGUGUUAGUAACCCUUGUCAUGAAGGAGCCACAUGUGAAACCAACCCUCUCAAAAGCAGCUUCUUUUGCAGUUGCCCUCUUGGGUACAGAGGCACCGUCUGUGAUAAGGAUAUCAAUGAAUGUUCCCUGGGGGGCAAUCCUUGUGAACAUGGAGGGAAGUGUGUAAAUACCAAAGGCUCAUUCCGCUGUGAGUGUGCUGUGGGUUAUUCUGGACCGCGCUGUGAAAUGGACAUCAACGAGUGCCUUGCCAUGCCCUGCCAGAAUGAUGCUACCUGCUUGGACCAGAUCGGUGAAUUCAAAUGCAUUUGUAUGCCAGGCUUUGUGGGAGUAUACUGUGAGACCAAUAUUGAUGAGUGUGAAAGCCAGCCGUGCCUCAAUAAUGGUGUGUGCAAGGAUGAGGUGAACAGAUUUGCUUGCAAAUGUCCACCCGGUUUUGCUGGAAAUAUGUGCCAGAUCGAUAUUGAUGAGUGUGCCAGCACACCCUGCCAGCAUGGAGCCAAAUGUAUUGAUCGCCCAAAUGCGUUUGAGUGCGAGUGCAGUGAAGGCUUUACAGGGACUAAGUGCGAGAUCAACGAAAAUGAUUGCAAUCCGGACCCCUGCCACUAUGGGACGUGUGAGGAUGGGAUUGCUGGGUACACAUGCAUCUGCACACCUGGCUACAAGGGGCCGAUCUGCAGCGAGCAGAUUGAUGAGUGCCAGAGUCAGCCAUGCCAGAACGGAGGCACUUGCCAAGACCGUGUGAAUGACUAUAAGUGCCGAUGCCCGGUUGGCACCUCAGGUGUUAAUUGUGAAAUUAACUAUGAUGACUGUGCCAGUAACCCAUGUGACUAUGGAAUCUGUCGAGAUGGUAUCAAUCGGUACGAUUGUGUCUGCAGUCCCGGAUAUACAGGACCCAUGUGCAACAUUGACAUCGAUGAGUGUGCCUCCAAUCCAUGUCAAAAUGGUGGUACAUGCGUUGAUGAGAUCAACCGCUUUGUUUGCCGCUGCCCGGAAGGAUAUCAUGAUCCCUAUUGUAAAUCAGAAGUGGACGAGUGCAAGAGUGGUCCUUGUAUUCAUGGAACGUGUGUAGAUGACGUCAACAGUUACCGGUGUGAAUGUCACGCUGGCUGGGCUGGAGUCAACUGCGACGUGGACAAGAAUGAGUGCGAAUCAAAUCCUUGUCAACAGGGAGGAACCUGUGAGGACCGAGUCAAUGGCUACAGGUGCUUGUGUGUGAAAGGAUUUAAAGGCUCCAACUGCCAAAUCAACAUAAAUGAGUGUGCAUCGAACCCCUGCCUGAACAAAGGAGUCUGUGUGGAUAAAGUGAAUGGAUACCAGUGUGUGUGUUCUCUCCCGUAUACUGGCAAGGAUUGUGAAUUUAUUCUGGCUCCAUGCUCCUCACAGCCGUGUGAAAAUGGUGGCGUGUGCGGCGAAACAGAAGACUAUGAGAAUUUUGUGUGCACUUGCACGGCGAGUUGGCAAGGUCGGAGAUGUUCAGUGGAUGUCGAUGAGUGUGUUGCUGAUCCUUGUAAGAAUGCUGGUGCUUGUGAAAAUACUCCUGGGAGCUACAACUGUCAGUGCCUGCCCGGCUAUGCUGGAGUGAACUGUGAGACAAACAUCAAUGAUUGUACCCCCAAUCCGUGCCAGAAUGGAGGUUCCUGUAUCGAUGGCAUCAACACAUUCUCGUGCAGCUGUGUUUUGGGGUUCACUGGUGACAAAUGCCAGCAGGAAAUCAACGAGUGCUUCAGCAGUCCUUGCUUGAAUGGCGGCAACUGCUCUGACUACGUCAACAGUUAUGUCUGUGCCUGCCCUCAAGGGUUCAAUGGGAUUCACUGUGAAAACAAUAUGCCUGACUGCACAGAGAGCUCUUGCUUCAAUGAUGGGACCUGUAUCGAUGGUAUCAACUCAUACACGUGUCACUGCCAGCCAGGCUUCACUGGCUCCAACUGCCAGUUUGACAUCAAUGAAUGUGACUCGGAGCCAUGUCAAAAUGGUGGCAUCUGCAUCGAUGGGCUGGGCAGUUACCGCUGCUCCUGUCCCUCUGGCUACACAGGCAAGAACUGCCAGACCCUGGUCAAUCUGUGCAACGGCUCACCCUGCAAGAACGGAGGCAAGUGUGUGCAGCAAGGUGCCACGUACCACUGCAACUGCUGGAGCGGUUGGACUGGGCUGUACUGCGAUGUGCCAGAUGUGUCAUGCCAAGUGGCAGCUUUUCGCAGAGGCUUGACCGUUGAGCAGCUUUGCCAGCAUUCGGGGAAUUGCAUCAACACUGGCAACAGCCAUCGAUGUCAGUGCAUGGCUGGGUAUACUGGCAGCUACUGUCAGCUGGACGUGGACGAUUGUGCAUCGAACCCAUGCCGGAACGGUGCCACCUGCAAGGAUUAUCUGGGCAGCUAUGCAUGUGAGUGUAUUUCAGGGUACAGGGGCCUCACCUGUGAGACUGAAAUUAAUGAAUGCAGCAUCGUGCACUGUCAGAAUGGAGGCACUUGCAUCGACCUGGUGAAUGAUUACAAGUGUUCCUGUCCACCCGGAACGGCAGGUAUUUACUGCGAAAUAAACAACGAUGAUUGUGAGCCUGACUUAGAUCCCCACACUGGGGAGCACAAGUGUCUGAAUGGCGGCCGGUGUGUCGACAGAAUUGGUGGCUACAGCUGUAUCUGCCCACCUGGCUUUAUUGGCAAACGCUGUGAAGGAGAUGUCAACGAAUGCUUGUCAAACCCAUGUGAUCACAAGGGUAUGCUUGACUGUGUCCAGUUAAACAACGAUUACCUAUGUAGGUGUCGACCUGGUUUUACUGGCCGCCACUGUGAGACUGUCAUUGACCUGUGCUUUUCUCAGCCAUGUCAGAAUGGAGGGAUGUGUGUCUCUACUGCUAACACCCCUCUGGGAUACACUUGCCAGUGCAGACCUGGCGUGGUGGGUGUGAAUUGUGAGCACACCAACUAUACCUGCGGGCAGGUUUUGUGCCAGAACGGUGGAGUGUGCUCCAUGACCCCACAGGGCCCCAAGUGCAAGUGUCCGAAGGGAUUCGGAGGCUCCGAGUGCCACGUGCCUGGCUGUGCCGCACAGCCCUGCCGCAAUGGCGGGACCUGCCUGCCCAAAUCCUCGCCCCCGUUCUUCUCCUGCAGCUGCCCCACCCCCUUCAGUGGGCAGACCUGCACCUGGCGGGAUACACAGAGCUGCCUGUUGCCGCAGUGCAAGGAGAAGGCCCGCGACCGGAUUUGCGACCAGGAGUGCAACAACUACGAGUGUGAGUGGGACGGUGGCGACUGCUCACUGAACCUGAAUCCCUGGGAGAACUGCACGGCCAGCUUGCAGUGCUGGAAGUACUUCAACAACAAUGAGUGCGACGAAGCCUGCAACACAGCCGAGUGCCUGUUUGACAACUUCGCCUGUCGCAACAGUCAGAAGUCCUGCAAUCCAUUCUAUGAGAAGUAUUGUACCGAUCACUACCGUGAUGGCCGCUGUGACCAGGGCUGCAAUAAUGAAGAGUGUGGCUGGGAUGGGCUGGAUUGCGUGGACAGUGAAACCGAGAAGUUGGCCGAGGGGAUGUUGGUGUUGAUUGUGCUUCUGCCCCCAGAGGAACUACUGAAGGAUUCUGUCAAUUUCCUUCGGAAGCUGGGUUCCCUCUUGCAUACCACUCUGCGAUUCAAGAAGGACUCCAGAGGAGCACCAAUGAUCUUCCCUUACUACGGGCACGGGUCCAGAAUGAAGCGUUUUAUUAGAAUAGUGAGGGAACUCGGGCAAGAAAUUAUUGGUUCUGAGGUCUACUUGGAGAUCGACAAUCGGCAGUGUUUGCAGACAUCUGAGGAUUGUUUUCCGUCGACAGACACCGCUGCCGCUUUCAUCGCUGCCCAGUCCAGCAAGGGCACUCUGCCGUACCCAAUUGAGUCCGUUAAAAGUAAACGCAAUGAUCUGGAUCAGCAGGGACAACUCAGUCUCCUCUAUCUUGUGAUGGUUGCAGUUGGGAUCAUCAUCCUUAUUCUUAUCCUGGGUGUGGUAGCAGCCAAGCGCAAGCGCAAACUUGGCCCACUCUGGUUCCCGGAAGGCUUCACGCUCAAGAAGGUUGGCAAUCGGAAGCGCAGAGAACCUGUGGGACAGGAUGCAGUGGGAAUGAAGAAUCUAUCAAGGCCAGUGCCUGAUGUCAGCGUCUGUGAUGACAACCAGAAUGAGCAGUGGAUGGACGAAGGAGGGCCAGACGCAAAGAAAGUCAAGACUGAAAAUCAGGCCCUGCUGUCUGAAAAUAAAGAUCAGGUGGACCAUCGGCCAUGGACACAGCAGCACCUGGUGGCAGCUGACAUCCGGUUAACACCAUCUCUAGCGCUGACACCACCCCAGGGAGACCAGGAUGCCAACUGUAUGGAUGUAAAUGUGAGAGGUCCAGAUGGAUUUACGCCUCUUAUGUUGGCAUCGCUGCGUGGUGGUGGGCUGGACACGGGAAUUGAAGUGGAAGAAGAUGCAGAGGACUCAUCGGCCAACGUCAUCACAGACCUCAUCUACCAGGGUGCCAGCCUUCAUUCCCAGACCGACCGGACUGGAGAGACGUCCCUCCACCUGGCAGCACGCUAUGCUCGGGCAGACGCGGCCAAGUGCCUCCUCGAUGCGGGUGCCGAUGCCAAUGCCCAGGACAACAUGGGUCGGUCGCCACUCCAUGCAGCUGUGGCAGCCGACGCUCAGGGGGUGUUUCAGAUUCUCAUUCGGAACAGAGCCACGGACCUGGAUUGCCGAAUGAACGACGGCACCACUCCUCUGAUCCUGGCUGCACGCCUUGCGGUUGAGGGCAUGGUGGUCGAACUGAUUAAUUGCCACGCUGAUGUAAAUGCCGUGGAUGACCAUGGCAAAUCAGCACUUCACUGGGCAGCAGCUGUAAAUAAUGUGGAUGCAACUCGGGCCCUGCUAAAGAAUGGAGCUAACAAAGACAUGCAGGACAACAAGGAGGAGACGCCCUUAUUCCUUGCUGCACGAGAAGGCAGCUUUGAGGCCACCAAGAUUUUACUUGACCACUUUUCCAACCGUGAUAUCACAGACCAUAUGGACAGACUGCCCCGGGACAUUGCUCAGGAGCGAAUGCACCAUGACAUCGUACAGCUGCUGGAUGAAUACAACCUGGUCCGGAGUCCCCAGGGCUUGGGUGGACCCAUGGUGGGCCCCACCAUGUCCCCUGCUGCCUGCCCAAACAGCAGCUCCUGCUCUAGCCUCAAGCUAACCCCCACAAGCAAAAAAGCAAGAAAGCCUAGCACAAAGAGCCUGGCUCCAGGUAAUGCCAAAGACUCCAAGGAGGCAAAAGCCAGGCGGCGGAAAAGGUCCAUUGGCAACGGUAAGGAGACCCUUGCGGAGAACUCGGUGGCUCUGUCGCCGGUUGAAUCACUGGAAUCUCCACACACCUACUUGUCCACCACAUCUCCACCCCUACUUGCAUCGUCAGGGGUUCUGCAGCAAUCACCAGCAGUAUCUCUGCACCCUUCAAUUCCAGUACAAAGCCAACUGGCGAUGUCCUUCUCAAACCUCAGUGAAAUGAAGGGUGUGAAUGUGGGCUCCAACUCAGUCCUGAGUCAGGUGCUCCCCGCCAUGUCUCACUCUUCCAUCACUGGGCAAGGCUCCAGCCUGGAGCUGUCUUUGGGCCGGGUCGGACAUAUGAAUCCGCAGCAAGACUGGAUGAAUCGCGUGGGAAUUGUCACCUCCCAGUAUAACCCAUUACUGGGUAUCCUGCACCAAGUCUCCAAUUCAUACCCCACCAUGCAUCAACAGAACGGGCUGCUGCAGUCGAACAUGCCUUCAAUGCACGUGACCAUGGUCAGGGAGCAAAUGCCACAGUUAAUGACCUACCAGUCUAUGAAUAGUAGCACGUCACAGCCAGCAAUGCAACAGAACUCUCAGAUAACGCCGCCACAGGGGCAACCUUACUGCAGCACGAUGGUGCCAGUGUCCGUUGGGAAUAUGCACCAGAUGCCCGAGAUCGUCCGGCUGCCAAACGGCCAAAUGAAUAACUCCAUGGUAUCCACAAGCCAAGAGGGCCAGGCAUCACAGAUCACCCUGCAGGCUUAUCACAAGCUGCCGAGUUCCGUGCAGAUUGACAAGUACCCGACCCCUCCGUCUCAGCACAGCUACGUCUCAGCGACAGAUAACACCCCGAACCACAACAUCCACCUCCAGAGCGAGCACCCGUAUCUGACGCCCUCCCCCGAGUCCCCCGAUCAGUGGUCCAGCUCCUCUCCACAUUCCACGUCUGACUGGUCUGAUAUCACGCCCAGCCCAGCCCCCAUGGGGCAGCGGCCACAGGUCUCACACCUGCCCGAGCAGCAAAGGAGCAACACACAGGUGUUUGCCUGAGCACGUUUACCGAGAGAGACAAUCUGACUGCCUGAAAUAAAGGAAAAUGAAUUCCUUGAACUUCUUCCUGGGAAUUUUCCUUCACUGUUGUGGGGAGCACAGGAUAAAAAUAGAGAAACUGUUCCUGUUGAGUCUAAGAUCGACUGUUUUGGACUUGAGAAAUAUGAUAUCAUAUUGUGCUUUUUGGGGGUUUUAUUUAUUUUAAUCACUGUCACUGCCUGUUUCCAUGUCUUUAUAGCUCAACCUUUUUAGUAAAACUCCCUUUCAGUAACACGGUCCAUUGAAGAUGAGCUUGGCACACAUAAUUGCCACCCUCUAUGCUGCCCUUCUCCAAUGUAGAGGGCACACUAAGCUAAACUUGGCACUUGUGUUGUAUGGUCACUUGUGAUCUUGGCGGAUCUUGACACUGCAACUUCAAAAUCCAGUGGCUGAAGGAAAUGCAUCCUUGCCACAGUUUUUGUUUUGUUUUUGGGGCUGGGGUGGGAAGGGAGAGGGUAGAUGCUGUAAUCCUGUAGAUCAGACUCCCCUCUAUUGCUAGUUGCUGCUUGUUUGCGGCACUCGUAUUCUGAAUGUAGUGCCUUAGCGUUAAUUUGUACCAAUGCCACCUUUAGCCAGCAACAUCAGAGCAAAGAGUUGGAUCAUUGGGAUAUCGUUAUCUGCUUUUAUAUUAAUUUUUAAAAUCAGAAAGGCUUACAUUUUUUAACCAUUCCUUUGUCAUGCAAGUCUUCUGGAGUAUAACUUUCCAGUAAAUCCAUUACUUGGAUUCACCAACAGAUUCUUGGCUUCAUUGAAAAAGCCUACUUAAAACUUGAUAAUUUCAGUACUAUCUGCUCGGUUUUGGUCACGGGAGCACUUCCUCAUAAAAAUAAAUUAUUUAAGAGAACUCCACUCAUGAAUUUGUCUUUAGCUGCAGCAGUUUGUCAACAAGGACAGGAAGUCGUGAUGAAGUAAGCUUUUUAGAAUAUGUUAGUGCAGUGGGUUGUUGAGGAAGAUAGUUCCUGAUCUGAGCACAAUUGUUCUCUAGACAGUCAUCUGCAAGGCUCAGUGUUUAGCAAGAGAACUGGAUUCAGAUCUGCUAAUCUUCUACAAAGAUUAGAAUGUCUGGGCGAUUAAUUCCAUGAAUGUGAUUAUAAUGCAUUCUAGUUACCUGUAUCUAAGAUGUUGCAGCUUUAGAAUGUACAUAACAGGCUAGAAGCUCAAGUUAAGUGAUGGAUGGUAUAUAACAUUAAGACCUUUCUCUGCUACUGUAAGAAAUUGUAGUUAGUCUAAAACCUGAUGCCUGAAACCUUUGAGGGCAGUUGUCUCAAUCUACCCACCCAUGCUGCACAAGGAAGUUGUGUGUAAUUUCUGCGACCGGCUCCAUGCAGGAUAGUUUACUGCUCUGCUGACAUUAUGUCCUGUUGACCUCUCAUCUGAUGUGAAGGCACAACCAACAGUCAGCUUGAUGUUACACUUGUUCCAAAAGUACACAAUCCUGUCAGCCCUCACAUUGGUAAGAGGUAUGAACGAAACCUUGGGCUCCAGGAAGGCAGAGACCUCAACCCACGUUUCCCAGUACAUUCAGUCCUCAGCUGGCCUUGGAUGACAUCGACUCUGUUUGAGUCUCCUUUCUGAUGUUUGUUGAACAAAUCUUGCCAGUUUCCGAGUCUGAAUUAAUUUCAUUUAUUGUUGUUUUAACCACUUAUAACGUUUUCCUCAAAGAUUUGUACUUUAUACUAAGUUGAAGAAACACAGUGUUAAAUUGAAAGCUUCCACAUAAAGAAGCAGUCUUGGGAGUUGCAACAUUUCACUGUAAUUAUGAAACACAGAGAAAAAGCUAAAAACUGUAAUUUUACGGAUACUUGGAUGCUUUUUUUGCUGAUUGAGAGAUUUGAGGUAGAAAUCACGUCUCUUGGGCUUGUUCUACUGCUGCAUAAGAUAUUCAGAAGCUAUUCUUUAUCAUUGGAUAAGUUUCUUCUACUCCCUGGAGUUUCAGAGUUCUUUCAUGACUUAUAUUCUCAUAAUGUAUAUUAUUAAUUUUUGAGAAAAAGAGUUUGGGUUCUGUAUUUUCUGUGAACUGUGUGCAGAUAGAAACCAUUAAAAUUCAGACACAAAAAAAAAUGGAAAUGUACUUUGAGAGGAAGCAGAGGGUGACUGUCAGGUAUGUCUCACCCAUUGGUCUGAGAAUUGUUUGUGACAGAUCAUAACUGGGUCAAGUGAUGUACACUGUUGGAAAGAAAAAGAUCUUCAUCCUUUGAGACUCGCCUUUCACACAUCGCACCUGAAACAGGUUGAAAAAUGUUUUAGCACUAAUAAAUAUUUCUAUUUUUAGCUUGUUGACCUGAAUUGUAAGUUUGCCAGCCUUUGUCUUUGCCCUCAUCCACACUAAGCUCCCCUCUCUCUCCCCCCCCCCCCCCCCCAACAUGAACAGUUAUACGGUAAUACACAGUUGUUGAUGCAUUUACUAUUUUGGUACCAACUUACCUGAAAGCUUGUGAAUCAAAUGGCUAGUGGUCACUCCUGCUCCAGCUGUAGCAAGGACAGUGUUGAAAACCCAACAUAUGAUGCUAGUUGAAAUCGGGUUUAUCCUGGAAUACAGUGGGUUAAUGUUUGGGGUUUUAAAUGUUUUGGAUAAAUAGCACUUUCCAUAAGUGAAUCAGAAGUCUGAAAACAGCAUCUUUCACUUAGCUUUUGCAAAAAUAACAGCCCAUUUUGCAAAAUAAAUCCAGUUUAAUGAAAUUUAUAUUCAAGCAUUUGAAUAGUUUGUUACGCCACACUAAACCAACUUUGUACGAUUUUUUUUUUGAAGUACAGCAAUGCCCAAGUAACUUACAAUAAAUCUUUAGGCUAUUUAAGUAUCAUUCAGAGUCUUCAUCCUUGAUUAAAUUCUAUUACAGAUGUUUUACCCCUCAAUGGAACAUUGCACUUUAAGUCUGUGAGCUCAUCACUGAGCUCCUCAGACUGAACAAUCAUCAGAAGCUUCAUGAGAGAACAGCCUAGAAAGAUCCACCUGCUUUAUGCUGUCCAUUUCUUUUAGAGUGCCAAAUGAUUGGUAAUCAAUGGAUUCAUAUUGUUGUAAUUUUUCAAUUAUCUUCCCAGCCGAUAUUUUUCCAGGAUUAGAUACUAAAACUAAAUUAACGUAAAGAGAGUACACACAGAACAGAAACAUUUUAACAAUCCAUUUUCAUUCUGCUCUGAGUUCAUGUGUUUGUAGUCACAGUACAUGAUCUGUUUUUGUCCGGUGCAUCUCCAACUUGCCAAACUGUCCUACCCAGCAUUUAUGUUCCUUCCCUCUCAAUAAGUGUGAAGUAACUCCUGGCCUUUCUCCAAAGCAAGCUAGAAAUGUAGAUGUCUGGGUGGUAGAUGGAUGUACUUCAUACCGACAAUCACAUGACAACCACACUGAAACUACAGAACCAACGGCCUGUGAAUCUCAAGCCAGAUCAAUUAAUGUAAAUAAGCUAACCUUGUAUGACUUUGUAUCUUUUACUGUCAAAUCAAUAUGUACUAAAAAUUUUUGCUAUUUCAUAUUAGAUGAACUAUUGAAUACAUUGAACUAGUGGAUGGAAUACUAUUUUUUAACUUUUACACUUAAAAGCUUUUCAUGAAAAAGUUGAAAUGAAUUUUUACAGAAGUAUUUUUUAAGAUUGUGAUUUAUACAUGAAGUACAAAAUGUAACAUGAUAAAUGUUUAAAAUGGAUAUCCAUCUGUCUUUGUUUGGGAAUUAAUGUGUCCCAUUUGUCUGCAUACAGAAGUACACCUGUAAACCAUGGAUUGGUAUUAAACAACAAACCUGA